UACAUUGUAGGUAUACUAUAUCAAUUUUUUAAUUAUGUAAUAAUUUAUAAAUAACCUAUAUUAGAACCAAUAAGGACAUUGAUAUGCAUUAUUUACAUUUGUUUUUAUUGAAUAGAGAUGCCUAAAAUUAAUAAAGGUACCAUGAGAAAUUCAUCAAAAGUUUCAUCGCGUACUCGUAGGAGAAUUAUUCAAGUUCAAAAUCAAGAUGCAAAAAUGGCCAAUAAUUUAGUUCAGACCUCCUCUGCAGACAACUCAUCUAGAUCACCUCUUAAUACAACACAUGCUCCUGCAAACUCAUUUAUACUUCCUGACAACACUGAAACACAAUUUUCUAACAAUAAUUUAUUUGUUUCUGAUAAUACUGUUGAAAUACAAGUUUCUAACAACAACUUUUUUCCUUCGGAUAAUCAUCAUGUCAUUGACGGGUCUACUGCUACAUCUCAACUAUUUUCAUCAAAUUUUGAAAAACUCAUAAAUGUUAAUAAUAAAAAUGUUUCUAUUCAAUCUGAAUUGACAGAAUGGGCAGUUAAAUGUAAAAUAGCACAAUGUCAUUUAAAUGAGUUAUUACUUAUUCUAAGAAAGCAUAAUGGUUUUGGAGAGCUUCCCAAAGACUCAAGAACUCUUCUUCAAACUCCUAAAAUCAACACUGACCAAAUUCGCCUUGUCAAUCCAAAUGGAAAAUAUUUUCAUUUUGGCUUAACUAAUUAUUUACUUACUUAUUUUUCAAAUCUAAAUUAUAUUCCAAAUGAAAUACAAUUAGUUAUUGGUGUUGAUGGACUUCCGAUAUCCCAUAGUAGUAACAGUCAACUUUGGCCAAUUCUGGCAUAUGUUAAACCCAAUAAUUACAUACAAGAAAAAAAGGUAUUUCCUAUUGGCCUAUUUAGGGGUAAAAGCAAACCAACAGAUAGCAAUGAAUUUCUGUAUGAUUUCAUAGUUGAAGCUAAAAUAUUAUUAACUGAUGGCAUUAAAAUAAACCAAAUAAAUCAGCCAAUCCCUGUAAGCAUUUUUGCUAUAUGUUGUGAUGCACCUGCUAAGUCAUUUUUGACAAAAACAAAAGGGCAUACCGGAUUCGCUUCUUGUUCAAAAUGUACACAAGAAGGUGUCCACUUGAGAAAUCGCACUUGUUUCCCAUACAAAGAUAAUUUUUCAUAUUUGAGAACUCAUGAUAGUUUUGUUUUAAGAACCCAUGAAGAAUAUCAUAUUACAAAUGUAAAUACCAUUCUUUUAGAUUUGCCUAAUUUUAAUAUUGUAGAAAAGUUUUCUUUAGAUUAUAUGCAUCUCACAUGCUUAGGAGUUAUGCGCAAACUUAUUUUGCUAUGGAUGAAAGGACCAUUAUCAGUCCGUCUUCCAAGCUCUAAGAUUAAAUUAAUUUCAUCCAAUUUACGGUCAAUUAAAAAUAAUAUUCCAGUUGAAUUCUCUAGAAAA